CCACGCACGCGUAGGGGACUACGGUUCCUCCCUCUGCGCAGGGUGCUGCCGGCUUGGCGCUUCAUCUGAUAGAUGAGGCUUCAGCGUUCUCGUAGGCUGUAGCCAGUCGACGAGCUUCUAUCCUUGCUCAACUGUUGACCAUGUUCCCCUCCGUGCCAAGGAUCAAGACUCGAGGAAUUCUUGUUGAUCCUUAUCCGCUGUCACAGAGCUCUUGUCGCUCCCUGCUUUUUGGCGUCACUGCUCCUUUCUUGGUAGCAUUCAGUCGGGGUGAAUAUGGGCAUCUUCCUAGGGACCGUUGCUUAUAUGAAGCAAGAAAUACUGGGGAAGGUCUCCAGCGGCCAUGGGAAAACUUCGCAAGCACAGGUCCAGAAAUAGCGCCGGCGAGACAUUCUCAACCCUCGGGUGUCCAGUUUUGUCGUAUUCCGACUCGGUGCCGAGUCGUGUCCGGGUUGGUAAGACGGGACUGCUUCGAACAAUAUAAGAUGGCAUCAGGCUGUCUUACACAUGGCGUACUCUAUGUCUAUUUGACGAACGUCUCCCAGUGGCGGGUUCUGCCGUGGAGGCACCCACUCCACAUGUGGUGUUCAACCACAAUGUCCAAAAAUAGCAUCACCUUUCGCCCGGAGGGUGUUUGGCGUCUCGCUGUGGUUGGCCGUUGGGAAGAAGUUGAAGGUUCAAAGCAACCACGACGAUAUAUCCUGCGCAUCCGCAUUCGGAAAUUCUGCAACUUUGGCGAGCCGCUGGGCUUUCUUGGUGUUGGAAGAGAGGACUGUUGGAAGAGAGUUAUGUAGGGCGGUUGAGGCAUCCACCUCACUGGUACUCUGUGGACGUGGUAGAGUUAUGUCGAGAUGAGACUGGUGGCUGCCAAAAGACACUUGAUUAACACCUUCGGGGCUCAACUUGACACAGUUGAUAGUAGGCUCUCUCCCUGCAUGUCGCGAUUCGCAAGUUGCCGCUCAGCCUGCGCAUCCCUGUUUCAAUGUCUUCCCCAACAGCGUCAAAGCUGCACCAGUCAGAAAACGAGUCCACCAUUCUCUGUUGGUUCUGAGCGGAUAGCCAGCCGCCACCAGUUUGAUGUUGUGUCUGAAG